GGCUCUGACAGACAUGCAGAGUAUUUUUUCUUCUCGGUUUAGAUUAUUUUCGUUUCGUUUAACCUUUUAGUUUUUAUUAAAAUUUAUUUAUUAUUUUUAUGUUAAAAUCAAUAAAAUUGCUUGCAACAAGUGCACAAUAUUGUGUUUAAAUGAAAACAAUACGAAUUUAAUGUUUUGUGUGAAAUGCAAACAUAGAAAAAAUGUUUUGAAAAGCUGUUCUACUACUCACUACUACUACGUGCAAACUUGGUUAAUGUCUCUUCAGUUCAAUUUAUAUUUCGUGUUUAUUUCUGUUCGCUUGAGAUCUUCUUCAACUUUAUUUGUUAAUUAACCGUUUGUCGUCUGUUUCUGUGUGUGCGUGUGUCAUUGUGGAAUAACAAACAAUAUGUUGCGUUUUCUAAGCCGCCGUAAAGCUCGCAACAACUAUGCGGAUAAUUCUGCUGGAGCCAGUGGCAGCGGUAAUGAUCGCACAGAUGCCAGAGGUCCCUCGGUAGCAGGCGGUGGUGGCGCUACUUCAUCUCAUAUAAAACCACAACGUAUACCAGUUAAUAAGAAUAAAAUAGAUUGUCGUGUUAUAUUACUGGAUAAUACAGAUCUAUCCAUUGAAUGUUCGAAAAAAGCAAUGGGCAGUUUUCUAUACGAACAAGUAUUUUAUAAUUUAGAUAUUAUAGAAAAAGAUUAUUUUGGUUUGCAAUUUAUGGAUGCUAAUCAUGUUAAACAUUGGCUAGAUCCCACAAAACCCAUUAAGAAACAAGUUAAAAUUGGUCCACCCUAUACAUUCCGUUUAAAAGUGAAAUUUUAUUCCUCCGAACCGAAUACUUUACGUGAAGAAUUAACACGUUAUUUAUUCUUUUUACAAUUGAAACAUGAUUUACUAGAGGGACGUUUAGAUUGUCCCGAUGAUAAGGCUACCGAAUUGUGUGCUUUAGCUUUGCAAUCCGAAUUAGGAGAUUAUGAUGAACAUGUUCAUACAGCAGCCACUGUUUCAGAAUUUCGUUUUGUACCCGAACAAACUGAGGAAUUAGAAAUUGAUAUUUUAGAGGAAUAUAAAACCUGUCGAGGUUUAACACCAGCUCAAGCUGAAACUGCAUUUUUAAAUAAAGCCAAAUGGCUGGAUAUGUAUGGUGUUGAUAUGCAUACUGUUUUAGGCAAAGAUGGCUGCGAAUACCAUUUGGGUUUGACUCCCACUGGCAUUUUAGUGUUUGAGCGUGAUCAAAAAAUAGGCCUUUUCUUUUGGCCUAAGAUCAGCAAAUUGGAUUUUAAAAAGAAAAAACUAACACUUAUUGUUAUCGAGGACGAUGAUGAGGGACGUGAACAAGAACAUACUUUUGUUUUUCGCCUGUACAAUGAAAAGGCCUGUAAACAUUUAUGGAAAUGUGCUGUAGAACAUCAUACUUUCUUCCGUUUAAGAGCUCCCGUUAAAGGUCCCUCAGCUAGACAGAACUUCUUUCGCAUGGGUUCACGUUUUCGCUAUUCGGGACGUACAGAAUUCCAGGCCACCGUACAAAGUCGUGCUCGACGUACUGUGCAAUUUGAACGUAGACCCUCACAACGAUUCGCCAGUCGUCAAUCCCAUUUAUUACGUGAACGGCAAAAAGCUUCACAAGAGAAUGCAGCCUCUGCAUUGGCUUCUGUUAAUGCUAGAGCUGCGGCUGCCGCAGCAGCAGCCAACACUGCUCCUCAAACUACUGAAAAUUUAAAUAGCACUGUAGAUUCAAUAUUAUCAACAGCUACUGCAGAUAAUCAGCCAACAAUGAAUACUAUAACGCCAUCGCCCUCUAUACAGACAGUCAUACACAAUACGUCUAUGGCCUAUGAUGAUGCCAUAUGUGGUAGUUCGGUACAUUCAGGUUCACAACAAAAUGCAUGCGCUUCAUUAGGCCGCAAUUCGAUAAGAUCGAAUUCGAGUACUGAUGAUCCGGCUUAUAGUAAAAUUGGUUCAUUUGGUAAAGCUGGUCUAACUGUGAAAUUGGAUACUGAAUGUGCUGGUGCUAGUAGUAUUGCUCCUUAUUCACCUAAUAAUACUAAGAAUUUUGAAGAGACUAAUCCCUUCCGCAAUAAUACUUCACAUAACAAUUCAUUUGGCAAAGCUUCUAUACAUUCAGGACUAAGCAUUAAAAGUGGCUUGUCGGAUAAAGAUAAAGAGCUAGAUUCAUUACUAAAGUCCAUAGUUAAAGACCCAUCCCCAUCUGUUUUAGCCACUGAGGCCAUUAAUGAUGCUAACAGUAUAAGGGUUACUAUUAAUAAAACCUUUGAUAUGGAUCAUAAUACAGAGACUCUGAAACGUUUAUCGAAUUCUGAAAAACCUAAUAAUCAAGUGAAAUUGGCUAAUGUGGGAGCUGCCGCUUUACCACCGGGUCAUAUUAAGUGUAACAUUUUAAAAGCACGGGUCGAAGAAGAGCUGGGAGCUAACACGAAUGCCAAGUUAACGAAUCAAAUGUUUGUGCCGGCAGCAACUUCAGUUAAUAGCACUAACAACAAUAACAAUAUAACAACAACAACGAACAAUCUACAAAAUACAACAACUAUACACCAUAGUGACGGGCCAGACUCACUCAAUGCCACCUACAUUUCAGUUGGUGGUGAUAAAUUGACUUUGAGCAUAACCGAGCAAAAACCCACCACAGCUGCCCAUCAAAAUUCUGGUAAUAUAUUUGGUUUUACUAAUAAUAAUAGCACUGCCAAUAGCAAUACUUCGACACCAACAUCUCCAUUUGCUAAUGCAACUUUUAUAUCAGAAUUUGAAACCAAUACACCAUCAACACCCACCCAUCACAGCAAUUAUCAUCUACAACAUCAUCAUCAUCAAUCUCCACCAAAUUCUUUAACCAUUAUGAAUACCAAUACCACCAUACCAAUGUCCACCUAUUCAAAUCAUAAUAAUAAUAACAAUAUAAGCCACGCCUCCACCUCUUCCUCCGCCUCCUCUUGCUCUCCUAAAAUCUCCAGCACCGUCACAAAUAAUAAUAACAAUACAACACCAUCCACAUCUGCAAAUACCACAAAAACUACUCUUAUAAACUCAACUUCAAUACAAUCAAAUUUGAAUUCUUCUUCAACAAUGUCCACCACGUCCACGUCCUCUCUAUCGCCGAAUUGUAAUAAAACUGAUGCAACAACCUCUGCCCCAAAACCCACCACUCCAACUUUAACCUCUACAACAGCAGAAAUGUUAAUAAAUGAAAUUUUCAUUAACAAUAUUAUCAAUAAUAAUGUAAAAGCCAGCACGGAAAAGCAUACAAAUGGCACUAACGAAGUUGAUUCGACCACAUCCUCUGCUGCGACACAUCAAAUGUCACAAACACCUUCGGUGGGUACUUUAUUGUUUUCCACGUUGAGUGAACAGGAACGCCAGCAAAAGCAACGUGAUGCCAUUAAGCAGCAACAGUCUUGUAAUGAUAUUAUUGAAAGUAUACACGAUAAAAAGCCGCUAACACACAAACAACACAAUAAUCAUUAUCAUCAGCAGCAACAACAUCAUCAUGUAAUUACAACACAAAAUGAUGCAAUGGUAUCACCCUGGCUGGUAUCAGCGGAAGUUGUAUCGGCGCCUAAAGUAUAAAUUUUCAACUUGGUGUGAUGGAUAACUAAGUUUGUAUAGCAAGUUUCCCCUAACAAACAAAUAUCAAGAUUCCGAAUUCAAGAUUUUAAAGCAAGUCAUUUCAAAUCAAUAUUAUUUUAUUAUACAGCGCAGAGUUCAAGAAUCCAAUUCUAUUUAUCGAAAAAUCAUUCAUUCAAUCAAGCCAUUAUACAAGAUUUUGAUUUUUGGCUAAAACAAGUUGUUAAAAAAAGUAUUGCAGUCUAAAACAAACGAGAUCCAUAAGUCUUUUCACACACUUUAAACAGCAAUAGCCUGUGGUUCAAUAACCGUUUUUAUGUGAUUUCCAUAAGAUUAAACAAAAUUUAACAUAUUCAUUCACACUCACAUUACUUAUUCAUAACAGCGUAUAUAUUUCUAAGCAUAUGAUAAACGGCCAACAUUAUAAAUAAUAUUUAUAAUGCAACAGUAUUUGCCG